AACACUGGCCGAGGCGCUCGGUGGGCAGCAGUAUCGCAGAGCGCAGCGCGGUCGGUUGAGCCCUGCGCGUUUUUACCGGGACACGACACGUUGAAGUCAGAGAUAACUGACGACCAGAAGAGAACCACUAAGGAGCUAUUACUUUCCGUUUCUGUUUUUUACCCUCUGUGUUUAUAUUGGAUAUUUGUUUAUCGCUCAACAUGGCCGUGACUGAAGCUGGAUGUGAUCUAACUUACUGCAAAAUGAGGGGGAUUGUAGCCGUUCUUGCCGCUUUCAUCAAGGAGAGAAAAAUGGGGCUGAAUGACUUCAUCCAGAAGCUGGUGUCUACCCCACAUAUCUGCCAACAUGUUGAAGUUAACAGUCUCCUGAAGAUUGAUGAGAAUCAAAAUGAGGAGGUGGAAAAUAGUCAACUUCCCGAUAGUCCGUUGUGCCGAAAUUCCCGAAGUUCACUGGCUGAGGACACUCAGAUCAAACCCUGUGAUUUUGACUACCUCAAAAUCAUCGGUAAAGGCAGCUUUGGAAAGGUUCUGCUGGCUCGACACAAAGAGUCCACCAAUUACUAUGCUGUCAAAGUGCUGCAGAAGAAAAUCAUCCUGAAGAAGAAGGAGCAAAAGCAUAUCAUGGCUGAGCGCAGUGUGCUGAUGAAGAACAUCAAGCACCCCUUCCUGGUGGGGCUGCACUACUCUUUCCAGACUACUGACAAACUGUACUUUGUGCUGGACUACGUUAAUGGUGGAGAGCUGUUCUACCAUCUCCAGAGAGAGAGGAUCUUCCUGGAGCCCAGAGCCAGGUUUUACGCUGCUGAAAUUGCAAGUGCACUUGGCUACCUCCACUCCCUGCACAUUGUGUACAGGGACCUGAAACCUGAGAACAUCCUGUUAGACUCACAGGGCCACAUUGUCCUGACAGACUUUGGUCUCUGCAAGGAAGGCCUCGAUCCCAAUGGUACCACAACAACUUUCUGUGGGACACCAGAGUACCUGGCCCCCGAGGUCCUCCAGAAGCAGGCGUACGACCGCACUGUCGACUGGUGGUGCCUGGGAUCUGUGCUAUAUGAGAUGCUCUACGGACUUCCUCCGUUCUACAGUCGCAACACAGCUGAGAUGUACAACAACAUCCUGCACAAGGCUCCGGUGCUCAAGCCCAACGUGUCAAACGCAGGCCGGGAGCUGCUGGAGGGGCUCCUGCAGAAGGACCGCACCAAGAGGCUGGGAGUGAAGGAUGAUUUUCUUGAACUCAAGUACCAUUCCUUCUUUUCUCCGAUUAACUGGGAUGACCUGAUGGCCAAGAAGAUCACGCCUCCAUUCAUUCCCUCAGUGUCCGGACCCACAGACCUCCGACAUUUCGACCCCGAGUUCACCCACCUGCCCGUGUCCUCCUCCCUGUGCACUGACACCCAGACUGUGACAAGCAGCAUCAAGGAAGCAGCUGGAGCCUUCCCGGGCUUCUCUUACGGGCCUCCGGCAGAGCACUCCUUCAUGUGAACGCCAACAUCUCCGCCCCUUCUGUCCCUGGGAAUGAACCAAGAAAACAGGACAAAAGCUCUGGAUUAAGAGUCUUAUUUUGGACGGGGGGUGGGAGAAGACCACACCGGAGCAGCUCUGUUACAAGUGAGCCCUGAAGAGGGGAUCUAACGGACAACUUGGGCAUGAAUGGGGCAGAUUUUGAGGGACGACUAGUGUACAGAUGGGGACUCUCAUGUUACAACACCACUGGCCCUCUCCUGCCUCAUCCACCCUAAACUACAAUAUACGUGUGCCAAGUAUGGAUGCACUCUGGGGUCAUAAAACAUCAUUCUCUGAUGGCCUCACAGCUACUGGUAAAGUGACAUGAGGAGAAGUGCCUGAGGUUCGAAAGGCAGUUUAGACAAUAGCAGCAGCAGCACUGGCCAAGAAAGACAAGCCAGCUUUAUCAAAAACCACACAACCACUUUCAUUUGUAUGGACUUUUGACCGGGGGCGAUAGUUGUAAAGGGUGAUGCCUUCAUUACAUGUCUACAUAUGUUAAAAGCUGUCUUUAAUGCAUUGUUAUUCUCAUGUGAAUGCUCAAUUGCACUUGAGGAAACAAGGGUCAAAAAAAGUGAAACAUUUUGCUUUAAGCACCUGCAACUUUUGGAUUAGACGGCUGCAUAUCUUUACACUUUUUAUUCCAUAUCUCUACUUUGGACAAAGAAAUAACAGCAUUUCAGUACUCUACGCAACUAGUGAUACUUGGACCAAACAGUUAACUAGGGUAUGCUUUAACAACACUUUUUUUGACCGGUUUGUCCUCAUAAACUGAAGAUCAAAGUUUUACUGUACUGUGUAGAAGAAAAAGAAAAAUUACAUAUAUUUUAUUGCAAAACCAAAAGGUUUUCCACGUUUUAAUAACCACAAACGUUCACUGUUUACUUUUAAUACAGUUCUGCAUAUAUUAUAACUGAAUUCUACAUGUUUCCUAGUAUAUAUAUGAAUAGAUUAAAUGAAAAUUGUACUUCCUGUAUGACAAUAUAUUUUAUUUUUUCCAACUCCUUUUCAUCUACAACUAGUGACUGUGUUCAUCUAUAUCUGCUGUUUGCAAACAUUAAGACAGACUCCUGUCAUUGAUUUGGAGAGUGUGAUACAGAGUUCAACCAGCAAUAACAGGCCCACAUCAAUGAUAGCACACACUGUAUAUCGAUCUUAUUUGAAGUUAAAGUGAUUGCUGUUUUAUUGCAAACACUGCAGACAAACUAUAGAAUCUAUGAUUACAAAUGUUUUUGUAUUUAUGCAUCAUGUAGAGAAGAACUGUGAAUGUCUUGUGCCUGUCUAAGGCGGCCUGAUCCAUGUAUACUGUAUGUACAUAUCUUUUCCCUAACCUCUUGGUCCCUUUUCUAGAAAAUAAUAUGUUAAAAAAAAGUGCUUCAUUAACUUGACAAAGAACCACUGGGUGGAGCAGGCGCUGGCAUUCAGCCACUGGCCUGCUCCAUAAUAUGGUUCUGGAAAGUGCAAUAAAAUCUUGUUAACUCAAAAAAAUAAUUAUCAUUUGAUCUCUUUAAGCAGAAGUGUAAGUUGUCAUUUAUGCUCUGAUACUUAAACUUAAAUUAUUACAAGAGGAUCUUCAUCCAAACCCCAUUGAGUCUCAAUGUUUUAGGCUUUUUCAUACAGAAGAUGCUUUUUCAAGCCUGCUGAAGAUAAUAUAUAAAAAUAAGGCAACACACAGUUCUAGAUAAUUUUCUUCCAUAUUUGGAAGCGUUACUUUUCUGUUUUGUAUUUUUUAUGUAUAUUUAUUUUCACGCCACUGCUACUGUAUAAAGAGUUUUAAUUUACAAGAUCAACUGAAAUAUUGAAAUGUAAUCUGUGUCAGAAAUGGCAAAUAAAAUCUCUAAAUUCAA